UGCAUAUUUGUAGCAUAUGCAGGUGGUUAUCCCCCUGCACCGCCAGAAGCAGUGAUAAAAGCGGUGCUUGAAGCAAUUGAGCUUGGUUAUAGGAUGUUUGAUACCGCUUCCUUUUACCAAACGGAGGAAGCUGUUGGUGAAGCUAUAUGUCAAGCAGUUAGUCUUGGUUUGAUCAAGUCUCGCGAUGAAGUCUUUCUUACCUCUAAGGUAUGGUGCAAUGAUACUCAUGCAGAUCGUAUCCUCCCUGCUCUCCAGAAGACACUAGAGAAUAUGAAGUUGGAGUAUCUUGAUCAGUAUCUUAUUCAUUGGCCAGUGAGCCUGAAGCCCGACACAAACAUAUUACAAUUAAAGCCAGAAGAUGUUCUUCCACUGGACAUCAAAUCGGUCUGGACAGCUAUGGAAGAGUGCCAAACACUCGGCCUUACAAAAUCUAUUGGUGUGAGCAAUUUCUCUUCCAAGAAGGUUGCUGAUAUUCUGGCUUUUGCUAAGAUUCCUCCAGCAAUUGUUCAAGUGGAGAUGAAUCCAGCAUGGCAACAAGGGAAGUUAAAGGAGUUCUGCCAGGCAAAGGGAAUCAAGAUAGCGGCGUUUUCUCCUCUUGGAGCAGCAGGAGCCUUUUGGGGAACCAAAGGAGUGCUGGAAUCUGAAGUAUUGAAUGAAAUUGCACAGUCGAAAGGAAAAUCUGUAGCCCAGGUGGCUUUGAGAUGGGCUUAUGAAUAAUCUGCAAAUUCUGUUAUUAUAGUUCUGUUCUUCACUGC